AUGCAAAGCACUAAGAGCUAUAAAGCACCGAAAUCUAUUAAAAAUUUAAGUGUUUGUUCUAGUGUGGAUUUCCAUGGUAAUGAAUUCAAAGCUUUGGUGUAUGAAUUUAUGGCCAAUGGAAACUUAUGCAAAUGCUUACAUCAAGUUGGAGUGGGAGACCACAGACAGCUAGAAGAACCCAGAAAUUUUAAACUACUCAAGAGACUGGACAUUUCGGUUGAUGUCACUUCUGCACUUGAGUGCCUUCAUUGUGGUUGUGAGUCGACAAUUAUUCAUGGUCAUUUGAAACCAAGUAAUGUUCUUUUGGAUGAUGGGAUGACGGCUCAUAUUGGAGAUUUCGGGUUAGCAAAAAUUAUUUCUACCAUUUCAAAGUAUGGCAUGGGUGACAUGACUUCCACACUAGGGGAUGUAUAUAGCUUUGGGAUUCUUUUACUGGAGAUGUUUACAGGUAAAAAACCAACUGACGAUAUGUUUAAGAAUCAUCUAAAUCUUCAUAACUUUGUUAAGAAUGCUUUUCCUGAUUGA